UAUAAAAGUAAUGUGUGGUGGGUGCCAAAGCAGCGCAUUAUUUAUUGUUUCUCUGGCAGUCUUCGAAGCAAUUACACGGUAUCAACAUGCCUUCGGCAGUAAAUUACUCUUAUCCCGUGACAGUGACUCUUGUGAUCAUUGCCUUCGUCUUACUAUCAACACAUGCAUUGCCUCAAUUUUCAGGAAUUUAUUCAGACGAUGCAGAAGGUCUGGAAAACGCUAAUUUGCCAGAAGGAGAGGCGCAAGAAGAAAUACUCGAGAACAGGGAUCUCCGAGACUGCUUUACAACAGAUUUAGAGUGCCCCAAUGAAAACGUCACCUUUCACUUGUACACCAGAAGUAACCCUGAGACCCCAUAUGACUUAAAAUUGGAUGACAAGAGCAUAAGAAAUGCUCCGUUUGUGAAAGAUAGGCCUAUCAAAAUUUUAAUUCAUGGUUUCACUGGCAACAAAGACUUUUCACCAAACACAGAAAUCAGGCCAGCUUUGUUGGAGCAUGGAGAUUACAACGUUAUAUCCGUUGAUUGGGGGAAACUGGCUGCAUCUCCUUGUUACUUACAGGCCACCUAUAAUGUAGAAGCAUCUGGCAAAUGCACGGCGCAAUUGAUUGAAGUGCUAGUGCGUAAUUAUCAUGUACCCCUCAAGUCCAUUCACGUGAUUGGAUUUAGUCUUGGAGCACAAGCGUCAGGCCAGGUGGCGAAGUAUCUCAAAGAAAACAACGUUGGGAAAUUGCGGAGGAUAACUGGAUUGGAUCCAGCAAUGCCCCUAUUUGCCACAUUGCAUAGGUCGUCAGUUUUGGACAGAAGCGACGCGCAUUUUGUUGACGUCAUUCAUACUAAUGCGGGAAAUAAAGGAAAACUCGGUCCGAAUGGUCACGUAGACUUUUACGUUAAUGGAGGAACGGUCCAACCAGGGUGUGCUGGACCAGAAGUCUAUGACCCGGCAAGCUGUGCUCACGCAAGGGCGCCGAUUUAUUACGCCGAAUCUAUCGGCACCAGUAUUGGCUUUUGGGGCAAGGAGUGUCGAAGUUGGCUGGCUUUCCGAUCUAACCUGUGCGACUGGUCCACAGACAGCAUAGCUCUCAUGGGUGAAAACGCCGACUCGAGAAAGCAUGGGCAGUUUUUUCUGGAUUCGCAAUCUCAUUCACCAUUUGCUAUGGGUAUUGAAAAUAUGUAUGGAAAAAACUACUCGCCAAGAAAUGCAAACGCAACUUUAAAAUAAAAUUUUUUAUAUUGUUGGAGGAAUAAAUUAAAUAUUUUCAGAUC